GGGAAAUACAGUUUCGAACAAUGAUAAUGUCAAAAAGUCAGUACGUGUCUGUGAGUUGAAGUACAAUGGAGUCGACUACAGUACUACAUUUUCUUGGAUGGAUUCUGAUAAUUUGGAAUAUAUGCUCAUUUGAAGUAUCUGCAGUAAAGCAAAAAAAGCAGACAGGUGUAACUGGUGACCAGCUCCUUAUAGGCUCAUUGCAACCCAUCCCUACUAUCUAUAAGACUCUGCCUUCGAUUGCCUACUAUGGAAUACUAUGUACCCCAGGAAAAUAUCAGGAUAACUUCACACUAGAGAUUUAUAAAAAUUCAGAAGGAGUGACCAAUAAGUUGAACUAUCAGAUUAUUUUUUGGAAGUCUACCGAAGUCUUUGGUUGUGUAAACCAGCAGGGAUGCCUGACUCAACCGAUGAAUUUCUGUCAAUUGAUACAGUUCUAAUCAGCAUCAAGGAUAUUUACAGCAUAACAUAUUCGGAAGGAUGUCAAGUGAAUUUGAAAAAAAUUGAUGUUGAUCGUGUAGAAGUUAUUGACAGAUUGUGUGUUGCGAAGAAUAAAGAGGACAAUACAUUCUCAAUCCGGUUCAAGUGUCGUAAGUAGAUCCACAGA